GGCCUAGCCCUGGUUGCGUUGUCUUGUUCUUCAUGAGAAUAGAUUCGGCUUACAUGUUGGAAGGGAAAGCAUCGGCAAACUUACCGCUCGAAAUUGAGGCCCAGUAGGCUCCUCAUCGUGGCCAAAGAAUCCAGGAACUGCGUGGUACAUCAUGACUGUGGUCGUUUGCAAUAUUUCGUUCUUCUCGAUGAGCCAAAAUGCUAUGAGAAUGAAUGUUGUUGGUACAAGGAGACUCCGCCCAAGCAUGGAACUGCAGGACUAAUUUAUGUAUUACCUAGGUAGGCGAGUCCCUUCUAUUUUCGUACCGCAACCUAUCCGCAGAUAUCAUUCAUUUGUUCAUGUCACUACCUAGUACCUAGCCUAGUAUGUACUUAAUAUCUACUAGUAGUAGGCAGUUAUUUAUUGAUUCGAAUGUCCAACAAGAUAUGGCAAAUAGACGAAUACGCAAGAUGUUGGACUGAACUAUAGGCGAAUCUAAGCCCUUGCAGACUAGACCUGCAGCUUCAUAGUCACACCGCGCCACAAACAAUCAGACUAGUUCGUGUUGGAGGUCUAGAGUCACACCGUUCUCGAGGCCUCCAUGAACAUAAAAGCUUGUUUGCUUCGAGUGAAUCCAUUCAGAAGUGACAAUGUCAUUUUCUCGAGUGGGCAUGGCCUCGAGAACAACAUGAUUAUAUCCUUGUUAAAAUGUGGCGCUUGAAUACUCUCUCGACUCCAGAUCUUGGACGACAUCGACAACUAGACCAUACAAGAGCUGUGGCUAGACCUGGCCAGCAGCUGGAGCAGUUUUCCUAUUCCACCGUCCCGCUCGUCUUCCAUUCAAGUGCGGCAACUCCCCCUAAUUAUAUUCGACUUCUUCAAAUCCUUCCAUCCAAAUCAAACGGGUUACUAUCUUGCCAUAUUCGCACGGUCGAGUUAGAUAGUCCCCAGACUCCAACUCACGAUGCCCUUUCUUAUACGUGGGGGCCUACCACUCGAGACGAGAUCAAGAAUGGCAUAAAUGCCCAAAGGCACCGCACCAUAAUAUGCAACGAGAAGCGCUUGUUGGUGACGGAGAAUCUCCUCAGCUGCCUGACGCAACUCGAGCAGGACGGUUACCACUACCGAGACGUUUGGAUUGAUGCGAUAUGCAUAAAUCAAGACAAUGAUGCCGAGCGUUGCCAACAAGUUAGUAUCAUGGCAGACAUCUAUCGUUCAGCAGAGCGUGUGAUAGUGUGGCUCGGUACUGCAGAUAAAUAUACAGAACCGGCUUGGGAGUUGAUCAAUAAGUUGAACACGUUGCGAAAAGAAGAGUUGCCUACUAUCAACAUUCGAUCUUUUGGAAAUAAGCAUUACAAUGACCUGCUGGGAUCUGUGAAUUCUCCUGAGCACUGGAGGGCGCUCGCGUUGCUUUUCGGCAGGUCGUGGUUUACACGAGCAUGGGUUGUUCAAGAACUCGUGUUGGCUCGCAGCACCGUAAUCUUAUGCGGCAAAUAUUCAUUCGAUUGGAAUGCUAUAGUUUCUGUGUCGGAUUUUAUGGCGAAGCGGACAUCUGCCAAUACCUUCCAACAACACCUUUUCGAUGACCUGGAUGAUAGCUCGCUCUCGUACAAGAAUCCCGCCAAGCUAGAAGCGGUGAAGAAGAGUACUUUGGCUGGGACUUCAGAUGUGUUGCUUUACAGUUUGAUCAGAUGCCGUACUUACGAUGCGACGAAAGAGCAUGACAAGGUGUAUUCCCUAGUCAGCCUGGCAAAUUGUCAAGAUCAACCCGACCUCUACCCCAACUAUGAAAAGACUGUUGCGCGACUAUAUACCGAUAUUGCCAAAUACGUUAUUAGGAGCUCGGAUAAUCUGCACAUCCUUGCUCAUGCUGAAGGAGGCGAAUUCAGACAAAUACCCUCGUUACCUACCUGGGUUCCUGACUGGAGCGUGAGGAAGGACUUGGGCCUCAGAAUUACUGGGUAUAAGCGGUACAACGCCGCCGGCACACUACCAUGCUUUAAGGAAAUUCGGAGAGAUGACGUCCUCGCAAUCCGUGGGUUCGAAUUAGACACUAUCAGUCGAAUCGGAGAAACAAAAGAAAAUGUCAACCAGAGCAGAGACUGUACCGACUGGCUGGACAUCGUUGGCGAACUCGAAAGGGAGUACCCAGGCCAAAACCACAAAGACGCGUUCUGGAGAACCAUCCUCAUCGACACUGACCCAACCGGCUCGGUGCCAAUCCGGCAGCCCUGGCAGAACUCCUUCGACGUCUGGAUGAACAUCGGCACCCACAACGCAUCCGAGGACGAGAAGAAGAGGGCGAUCGAGUACGAGACUUCGUUCACGCACUCCCUGUACCUGCGCCUCUUCAGGACGGCCCGCGGCCACCUCGGCUGCGGCACCCUCUCCUGCGAAGCCGGAGAUUCCAUCUGGAUCGUCCAGGGCUCGAAGGUACCGUUGAUCUUCAGGCCGGCGGAAAGGCCGGGUUCGCGCGCCUUCCAUCUUGUGGGGGGCACGUAUGUCCAUGGGUUUAUGCAGGGGGAGGCGUUGAGCGGGGAGCCGGAGUUCGGUGAAGUUGUCUUGGUGUAGAUUCUUUUUGUUAUGAUGAGACGACGUAUGACACGAGGUAUGAGCUUAGGUAGGUAGGUAAGGAUGUUUUUAUGUUUUGUGAGGUUGAGUGAGGAUGGGAGACUUGGGUUUAUGAUUGGAAUUUGGGGUUGGAACUAUACGUUGAGACUUGGCUUCCCCCCCCUUUUUUUCCUUUUUGGAUACCUAUCUAUAUUAUACCACCAGUAGCGUUUUGUUGAUUUUUUUAAAGCAUCGAUGCAGAGGUAGUUGUUGAAUAUAAAGUAGAUAUAGAAAAGCUAUAUCAAGAACAAAGAGCUAUGCU